GCCAUCCGACCCGGAUAAUGUGGCACACUUUAGUUUAUGGAUACUCUAAAUCGAUCGUUAAUUGAAAUUGACCCACUUUGGUUUCAGUCAACUGCAAAUGUGAUCAACAAUUGCCGAAUGCUUUCUCCUUGUUAAACGAUCGAACGAUUUGCUUGAACUGUAUGGCACACGACUAUAGAAACUUGCCAGCGUUACGCACGGACGGUUGGGCCCACUAAUUCCUAAUCCCUAACACGUUUUUUUGUGAUUGCCCGACUUACUUCAGUGUCCUUUUAUUCAUUUUGAUUUGCCAUUAAAUUGUUGUGGAGCAUUGAACAGCCGGGCAGAAGACGUCCCUUUUUGUUGGUUUCUAUUUUUUUUUUUUUCUUCUGCAGUUUAAAAGAAAUUUUGAAAUGCGCCAACCAUUUACAAUCUUGUUCUUUAACCUGUGGAUCGGCGUAUGCUUUGCUUCAGCAGGCAUUAUCGACUCCUUCCUCCUCGGAUUGCAUUCCGUCUCUGCUAUCACGGCAAUCAUCAACGGCCAACAACAACUAUCGUCACAAUCAAUUCCAGCUGACCAGACCGGCAAUUACAACGCAACCGGUUAUGCGCGUACCAACAGUUCGUCCGUUUUCGUUCCGACAGCAGACGGCGGUCAGCUGCGUGUAGAUUUGUGCGAGGGUGACAUUGUGGUUCCCUUGUCUUUUGAUGUCCAAAAGGAGAUGGUCAUCAAAUCGACCCAUUUUCCGUUCAAACGUUCGACGCCUCUCAUUUGUUCGUGGAACGUCAGGGCGACCACCAACUGCCGUCGUGGACUAGUCACGAUGACAAUCAACGAACGCAGUCGGCUGUCAGACGUCGAUGGAUGUCGCAAUGGAUACUACACCGUGUCGCCGUUCAUGGAAGAUGCCAAAAUCUGUGGCCGCAUCAACACCGUGCCCGUAUUUCGCUGGUACGUCGAACACGAACAUCCAGAAAACGUGACGAUUACGUUGAGGCACAUCGGUCUCGACGACGGCUACUCUGAAGGAUUUAGUUUUAACCUUUCAGGUGAUUGCCUGCCCAACAGGGAUGACACGACCAUUAGCAAAGCCUGGGAAUCUUAUGGCAAUUGGCUGCAACAGCUUUCCGAGACGCAGUUGACAACAGCAGGUGGACUUACGGUGGUCUUACCGUCGGUAGCGGCCACUCAGCCAAACAUUUCGAAUGACUCAACGCCCGUUCUGAAUAAUGAAGAUGCUGUCAAUACAACGACCGCCUCACCGCCAGAUAUCUCCACUGCCACCUUCUCGUGGCAAAUUGCGGAGAGUAGCAGUCCGAUUAGCUGGAGUCUAGAGACUAACCUGCAGUCCAACGUUUCAAAUAGUUCCUCGUUCCCGACGCUUCCACCAGAGAACGUCACUUCCCCUGUCUAUCCGACAUUGAAUUCCAGUGACGUUCUUCCAUCAGACCGACCUACGACACGGCAACCCUCGCAUCACCAACAGAUCACCAAUGACCCUGUGCACUUGGCUCCCGAAGAUCAUGGCGACAUCCCGUGGCUCAUUUUGAAACCUCUUGGUGAGUCAUUGGCGCAAGUUGAUCCAACUCCAAGCCCUCGCCCGUCAUCGACGAAAAGGCCGACUACAGUAAAGCCUGUUGCUGUUGUUGUUGUCCCAGCCGACGUUCUGCUGAAUAACGUUCACCCAGCUAAAAACGUUGACAACGCUGAACCCGAGAUCCCCUGGCUCAUAUUGAAGACUCCCGAUCGAAACGAAUCAUCUGUGGAACUCUACUCAUCGAAACCCUCGGAGCAACUUGAUUUCGUCAAAGAGGAUCCGAAUGCGUUUUACGAUUAUGAUGAAUCAGCCGAUUCUUCUGAAAAUGAGGCAGACUUGUUUUUAGAGUCGAAUGCUGAUCCCGAGGUAGACGUUUCAUUGGAAACACCGGAAACGGUCCCAUCGUACUUUGCAGGACAUGACCUGGAUGAACGUGACCACGGCCAGAAAGUGCCAACUGCUGAAGUUAAAAAUGCAAUUCCGUGGCUCAUUUUGAAAAAUCGCAAUCCUCCCUCUUCGUCGAAACACGACUUACACCCGUACACUCGGAAUGCUCCUGCGAACGUCCAGCUGCCAGCUUUCUUCAUUUCGAGAGCUCCGUCGAUGACAUCCCAAUCCUCCCUUCGCAAGAGCCAACCGUUCAGCACAAAGAAGACACUAGUGCAUCGUGUCUCUGCUGACUUUGUCCCCAUCGAUGCAAUCGAGUCCUCAGACCGGCCUGGGGAUUGGUCGGAGGACAACCAGCCAGUCGACGUAAGCCACUGGAUGCAGUCCGCCCUCGAUGAGCCGGUGGUGGUAACUAUGAGUCCUCUGGCUGAUCAUGAAUCGCCGACACCGGCAAGUACAACACAUUCGCCUAGAAAUGACCAACCCAUUCUUCUCCGUCGCAACCCUUUAUUGACAUUUGACGAUUAACUGUCCCCCCGAGCAGAGCAUCUAGGCGAACGAAUACUUAAUUUAUCCCAACUUUUUAGACACCGAAUAGUUCAAUAAACCCUACCGUUUCCAAGCAACAACAACAACAAAAACUCAGUUCCGAUGUCAAAUAUACGUUUAUCUUUCCAUUUUUUAAAUGUGAGAAGUGAAACUGUAGUCAUUUUGUUAGUGAAUUGGUAGUGAA